CUUUUAACCUCACCCAAUUUCAUAAAGUAUUCAUAUGUAUCUGCUAUAAGGUAUACAGAAACCAACAACUUAAGUCAGAUAUAAAGUUUAUAUCCGCCACAAUGGGCCUCGCAAAAGCAGUUCUCAAAUUUAUUGCCAUCCCAAUUAUAAUUGUCGUCUUUAUCGCCUUUAUCAUCAUAUUUAUUCGCUCUAAAAGGGAACAAAAGAAACUUUCCAAACACGCUGAAGCCGAAACACUUCCUCAGUUCAACUGCGGACCGGUGCCGCCUCCUGCGUAUACAUUACCAGCAAAACCAGCCCCUGCUGUCGUCCAACAGGGCUAUACCGAAAGCUAUCAUCAAACUUGAAUCAUUUAUAAGGUGGAAAAGACAAGCAUGUAUAAUUUGGGUAACGGGCGAUGAGAGGAAGGUGAUGGACGAAAUGUAGAGAGCUUCUCGAUGGCAAGACUAUGCAGACAAGGUUAUAAAUACUUGAACCUCGAACUGAG